CGGCGCGCCACGGGGAAGCCCUGGCGGGCGCCUGCAAGUCAGCAGCGCGGCUCAGGGGCGGCUCGGCGACCUCGGCAGACCGCGGCGAGGGGCGCGUGGAGCGGUGCCGGCACGGAGCCAGGCGGCCAGGCGGGGCGGCCCGGAUCUCAGGCGGCGCACAGCGCGGGCGGGCGGGCGGCCGGCGGGGCUGCCCGACGCGGGUGUCCCGGCGAUGAGUGGCGCUGAAGCAGCGGCGGGAGCGGUGGCUGCGGCGGCGGCGGCGGCGGCGGCGGGCUGGGCUUCGGCUUCGCAGCGGUGCCGGCGGCGGCGGAGGCGGAGGUUCCUCCUGAGGACCUGGCGAGCCCGGAUCUAGCCGACGGCCCCGCCAAAGCCCUGCACAGCGCCCGGGGUCGGGACCCUCUCCGCUUCGCCCUGCCUCGGGAGCCUCCCUCCCCGGCCGGGGAUGAGGCCGGGAGGCGUCCGCGCGAGGCCCAGCACAAAGGCUUGUCCCCAGGGGCCGGUGCCUCCACUUUUCUUGCCGCCGCCAGCGUAACGCUGCCCGCCGAGGCCGAGCCGGCGCUGGGGCCCUCAUCCCCGCCGGUUCCCGGGGGUAGCAGCUGCCCGUGUCCCCGAGGCCAAGGGGCCCGUGGGCUGAGUCCCUUGUUCCCUCGGCUGCAGCGGUAUUCGGCAGCCGCGCAGCCUCUGCCGCUCUCUGCCGUGGGAGUCCCGAGGAGCAUGUCGGAGGAGAGCGAGAUGGAGAAAACCAUCAAGGAAACCUCCAUUUUAGAGGAAUACAAUAUCAAUUGGACUCAGAAGCUGGGAGCUGGAAUUAGUGGUCCAGUUAGAGUCUGUGUGAAAAAAUCUACUCAAGAACGGUUUGCACUGAAAAUUCUUCUUGAUCGUCCAAAAGCUAGAAAUGAGGGCUCGACUCUUAAUUGUAAUGGAGAUGAUGGAAGGGGGAGAGCUAUUUCACAGAAUCAGCCAGCACCGGCACUUUACAGAGAAGCAAGCCAGCCAAGUAACAAAGCAGCUUUGGCUCUACAGCACUGUCACUUGUUAAACAUUGCACACAGAGACCUCAAGCCUGAAAAUCUGCUCUUCAAGGAUAACUCUUUGGAUGCACCUGUGAAGUUGUGUGACUUUGGAUUUGCCAAAAUUGACCAAGGUGACUUGAUGACACCUCAGUUCACCCCUUAUUAUGUAGCACCUCAGGUACUGGAAGCACAAAGAAGGCAUCAGAAGGAGAAGUCUGGCGUCAUACCUACCUCACCAACACCCUACACUUAUAACAAGAGCUGUGACUUGUGGUCCCUAGGGGUGAUUAUCUACGUGAUGCUAUGUGGAUAUCCUCCUUUUUACUCCAAACACCAUAGCCGGACAAUCCCAAAGGACAUGCGGAGAAAGAUCAUGACAGGCAGUUUUGAGUUCCCAGAGGAAGAAUGGAGCCAGAUCUCAGAGAUGGCCAAAGAUGUUGUGAGAAAGCUCCUGAAGGUCAAACCAGAGGAAAGACUCACCAUCGAGGGAGUGUUGGAUCACCCCUGGCUCAACUCAACUGAGGCCCUGGAUAAUGUGCUGCCCUCCGCUCAACUGAUGAUGGAUAAGGCGGUGGUUGCAGGUAUCCAGCAGGCUCAUGCGGAGCAGUUGGCCAACAUGAGAAUCCAGGAUCUGAAAGUCAGCCUCAAACCCCUGCACUCUGUGAACAACCCCAUUCUAAGAAAGAGGAAACUACUCGGCACCAAGCCAAAGGACGGUGUUUAUAUCCACGACCGUGAGAAUGGAGCAGAGGAUUCAAAUAUUGCCUUGGAAAAGCUCCGAGAUGUGAUUGCUCAGUGUAUCCUCCCCCAGGCUGGUAAAGGAGAAAAUGAAGAUGAGAAGCUGAAUGAAGUAAUGCAGGAGGCUUGGAAGUAUAACCGGGAAUGCAAACUCUUAAGAGAUACUCUGCAAAGCUUCAGCUGGAAUGGUCGUGGAUUCACAGAUAAAGUAGAUCGACUAAAACUGGCAGAAAUUGUGAAGCAAGUGAUAGAAGAGCAGACCACAUCCCAUGAAUCCCAAUAACUUUGGAGUCAAACAUUUUUUUUUUUACAAUUUUAAAAACUAUUCUUUAAUGUAUAAAGUAAUUUUUAUGUAAAUUAAUAAAUCAUACUUUCAUUUCCA